AUGGAAACCACUUGUCUUUGCAAAGCAGUAACAGUUAAAGUCUCGCAGAAUUGGCUUGAUGGGAAGCAACAUGGUCAAAUCUGCCAUUGUUACAACUGCCGCAAACCAUGGGAGCUACCAAUCUUAUUGUUGACCGCUCCACGGUUACAAUUUCUGGUGAACUGUACCUCUUUGAAGAUUACGACACCUCGACUGGCAAGCCAGUUCACCGCUAUUUCUGUAAAGUCUGCUGCAAAAUUCGAGCUAAUCGAUUGCCACUAUAGCCCUAUUAAAAGUGAAAGCCAUCUGGUGCCUGACUCCAUUAUCCUCAAGAUGGGCAUCUUUGAGCAUGUUCCAAAGCCGAAGAGUGAGGGUUUUGCACAGGAGAGACAGGCUUGGGGCCAGCCGGUUGCACCGGAUGUUGAACAGUUGCAAGGAACAAGCUAUGACUAA